AUAAACCCCAUGAGAUAUCUACCAUCUUCUCCGUAUCACUCCACUUCUACUCACUCUGCUGCUCAGCCAUGGCGGUUAGCAACAACAUAAUAGCAACUCUCAACUUCAUAGCACUUCUCUGCUCCAUUCCAAUCAUCACCGCUGGCAUCUGGCUUGCCUCUAAACCGGACAACGAGUGCAUCCGCUGGCUCCGAUGGCCGGUCAUCAUUAUCGGUGUUCUCUUCCUCUUCCUUGCCCUAACCGGCUUCAUAGGUGCAUACUGGAACAAACAAGGCCUCUUAGCCUUCUACCUCUUCUGUAACGCCGCUCUCAUCAUCACCGGUCUCAUCCUCCUCAUACUCGCGUUCGUCGUCACUCGUCCCUCCGGCGCCUACUCCGUUCCCGGACGGGAGUACAAAGAGUAUCGAUUGAUGGGAUAUUCGGAGUGGCUACGCGAUCACAUCACCGAUUCGGAUAAUUGGGGAAAUAUUAGGGCGUGUUUGGCUUCCUCCUCAAUUUGCACGAAGAUGACUCAGGAUUCCUACACUGCUCCUCAAUUUUUCGCUUCCAAUAUAUCUCCUCUUCAGUCGGGAUGUUGUAAGCCUCCAAGUGUGUGUGGAUACCAAUACGUGAACCCUAUAAUGUGGGUCAACCCGACAAACCCAAUGGGUGAUAUGGAUUGCCCCAUUUGGAAUAAUGAUCCGAACCAAUUGUGUUAUAACUGUGACUCUUGCAAAGCCGGAUUGUUGGGGAACCUAAGGAAAGAAUGGAGAAGAGCCAACACGAUUUUGAUUAUAGCGAUUGUGGCUCUUAUCAGUCUGUAUGUUAUAGCUUGUAGUGCAUAUAGAAACGCUCAAACCGAAGAAAUUUUUCAAAGGUACAAACAUGGUUGGACUUGAAAGUGUGUUUGAUACACGUCUUUAUCGAGAUAGAGUGUUUUUGUUGUUUCUUUUAGAUGAUUAGUUAUGUUUUUGAUAGUUAAUGUAGUUAGUGUUGUGUAUAUGUUCUUUUGAAAGAGAUUAUUAUAUGUAUUUAUUUUGUUUUUAUAAUUUUGUUUCAUUUCUCGUUA